UCCCAGCUUCCGGUGUAAACGGAAGGCAGCAGAAGAGAGCAGUACUGCCUUGUAACGUCAAGUGUGCCAAGUGUGCAGGACGCUAAUAAGUCAGUCUUAUUAUUUGUUAUCCAGUUUAUAAUAUUUACGGCGCAUAAAAUACAUCUUUGAUUCAUUAUUUAAGGAUAAAGUGGUCUCGAUGCGCUAGAAGCACUGUGCCGCUUCUCGUGCUAUCUUUGCUUGUUAGUUAGCUUAGCUCGCUAGUUAGCUUAGCUUGUUAGCUGCUAACAGAAGCAACAGAAGUUAUCAACACAUCGCUAAGUAGAGAUCAAGUGUGAGAGUAAAGUGUUGUGAUUGUGUGAAAAUGUGCCACAGAAGGAUAGCAAAGUAUGAGGAGGAACUUUGUCCAACAAAAGAGGAGAAGGAGCGACAACAUCAACUACUGGACGCUGUUUUCAAGAAACAUCAAGUUGUGUUACACAGAACGGACAUCGAUGAAGAACAUCUUCCUCAUGAGCAGGAGGAUGAACCACAGUCCCCCCACAUACACGAGGAAGAAAAGGUACCACAUUCCCAACACAUCAAAGAAGGAGGAGAGGAGUCAAAGCCCACCCACAUUAAAGAGGAAGACGAGACGCCACACACCCAUAAUGUUAAACUGACCCUUCACAUUAAAGGGCAAGCGGAGGACCCACUCAUCUUACACAUCAAAAAGGAAGAGGAGGACCUACUGACCCCUUACUUUAAGGGGCAAAAGAACCAGCUGACCCCUCACAUUAAAAGGAAAGAGGAAGAAGAGGACCAAGAGCCGCCACACAUUAAAGAGGAAGAGGAGGAAGAGGGCAUCAGUCAGCCUAAAUGGUUGGAGGAGUUCCCAGUGACUGGUGUCCCUGUGAAGAGUGAAGAUGAUGAGGUGAAAGGUGAAAGUGAGGAGAGGGGAGGGGGGGAGCCUCCAAGCAGCAGCUCAACACAACACAUGACAACAGAAGCUGAUGGAGACCACUGUGGAGGAUCACAAGCAGACAAGCUCUUAGCUCCACUAUCAGAUAGUGAGGACACAACGUCACACUCUCCUGACACUGAUGAUGAAGACUCUAAAGAUGAUAAGACAUGUCACACUGACAACACUCACUUCACAUCUUCUCACUGUCACAAAACUUUUAAAUACCAUAGUCUUCUGAAAAGACACAUGAGAACACACACUGGAGAAAAACCUUUUUCUUGUUCACUCUGUAGUAAAGGUUUUACACAAAGUAUCCAUUUGAAAAUACACAUGAGAACACACACUGGUGAAAAACAUUUUUCCUGUUUAAUCUGUGGUAAAGGUUUUACAGAAAGUCAGAGUUUGAAAGUACACAUGAGAAGACACACUGAUGAAAAACCUUUUGUUUGUUCAAUCUGUGGUAAAGGUUUUACUAGCAGUCAAUGUUUGAAAAGACACACAAGAACACACACUGGUGAAAAACCUUUUCCCUGUUCAAUUUGUGGUAAAAGUUUUAGAGAAAGUCGCAAUUUGAAAGUACACACGAGAACACACGCUGUUGAAAAACCUUUUCCCUGUUCAAUUUGUGGUAAAAGUUUUAUAGAAAGUCAGAAUGUGAAAAGACACAUGAGAAGACACACUGGUGAAAAACCUUUUUCCUGUUCAACCUGUGGUAAAGGUUUUACACAAAGUCACGAUUUGAAAGUACACAUGAGAAGACACACUGGUGAAAAACCUGUUUCUUGUUCAACCUGUGGUAAAGGUUUUACUGCAAGUCAGAAUAUGAAAAGACACAUGAGAACACACACUGGUGAAAAAUCACAUUCCUGUUCAAUCUGCAACAGAAGCUUUUGUGACCGAUCAAGCCUUGUAGCACACAUGAGAAGACACCCAGGAGAGAAAGUGUUGAGUUGCAGUGUGUGUGGUGAAAGAUUGUCUUCUAAGUAGCAGUGUAAGAAACACAAGUGUGCUGGUGAGAACAGCAGCAGCAAAUGAAACUGCAGGAUUUGAAAUAAACUGUCCAGACUUUCAUUUUGACUUUCUAACAACAUCAGCACAUACAACAUGUGUGACAUUGUUGUUUGUCUAACAAUCUGUUUAAUAUGCUUCUACAUUUAUAGAUUAGAUAUUUUAUAUUAGUGCUUUUUUCAGUCGAGCACAUACAUUAAUAUGCAAUAUUGUGUACUUUUAUUAUAAAAUGGACAGAACAAUUUAAGUAAAAAGGUGGGAGUAAACAGUACGGGAAAUAUUUUACAUGCAAUAAACAUUUUAUGUGUGUGUGUAUAUAUAUAUUCUGUAUAUUCAACAUAUAAUUUUAGACUUAUUCAUAUGAAAUAUGAAAUUAUUACAUAUUUGUAUUUCUAAUUGUUAAUAAUCCCAUAGAUUAUCACCUUUAUAUGAUAUACAUAUGUACUGGUUCACAUCUGAAACAUCUUCUUGACCACUUCAGGAAGCAUAUUAUUAAUUACUUUAUACAUCGUUUCAACAAUACAAUUUUAAAAUGUGUGACUUUUUGAAUCAUCUGUUGGUUCUCUUUAAUCUAUUUUAUUCAUUAUUGUUAUUACUCUGUACUUAUGAUGAUUGUGUUGUGAUUAUUUUAUAUGUAUGUCCCCAGACCUUUAUGCAGUAUAAAAGUGAGAGAAAAUGGCAGAUUUAUUUGUGGAAGGAUGGCUAAGUUUUUACAUUUGUGGAUAUAUUAAAUAAAUCAAGUAUUGUGUUUUAAAUGUU